UUGUGUAGCCCAGUCCAGCCGGCGAUUCGAAUUCCCGCUAUAACGACUUCAUGCUUUUCCCAUUUGUCCCGAAAUCAUGCGUUCAUAAUCUUGAUUGACGCACGUAGCUAGUGGGAUGAACGUCAGUGCACAUGAACCCAAUACUCCGCCUUGGACCUACCGGUAGUAUCAGCCCAGAUUUUAUCAGCAGGAAAACGACUGCCAGCGGAGGCCCAGCCAGCGGAGACCCAGCCAGCGGAGGCCCAGCCUCGGUCGGGAAAGGUUGCACUCAAAGGUCAGGGAUCAAGUUAUGUAAAUGUCGGACGAGGGAAUUCAGGAGCCAUGUUGAGGCAAUGAAAAUCAAAGCCCCCCCACUCCCCCAACUGUUUUACACCCUUGGUCGCUGUGCUUUUGAUGGCGUUCUUGCAGAGGACUGGAGACUACUGCCACGCUCAACAUCCCAGAGCAUAGGCUGAUCCAGGGGAGGAUGCCCACUGCUCUGCCUUCUCUGCCUAAUAACCUGCACUGAUCCCUGGGUACCAACGCAUCGAGGGCUCCCUGCCUCCCAGGACUCUCCACACCCUAGGUCUGUCGCUCUAAGACCCUCUCUCAGGAACCCUAAUGGGGUGAUUGGACUAACUAUUCCACUACUCUUCAGUGAAAGCCCCAAGACCUCAUCUAAACCAACCACAGUGAGCCUGCCAAGGAUCGACCAACCUGAGGACAGACUUGCAUUUUUGAAUCUUCUUAAAGGAGGGACAGGACUGAGAACGUCUGCAGGGUUAAAGGCGACAGGAGUUUAGCCCACCAGCGACCGUGGCCACCGUGGACGACCAGUUUGUGGUCCCCUUGCAUCCCUGUCCGUGUUGCGUUCACCCCCCCAGCUGGGUAAGGGUUGUCAACAUGGCCCGUAUGAACCGUCCGGCGCCGGCCGAGGUGUGCUACAAGAACAUGCGGCUGCUCAUCACGCACAACCCCACCAACUCCACCCUCAGCAGCUUCAUCGAGGACCUUAAGAAGUACGGAGCCACAACGGUAGUGAGAGUGUGUGAGGUCACCUAUGAUAAGGCUCCAUUGGAGAAGGAUGGCAUCACCGUGGUGGACUGGCAGUUUGAUGACGGUGCGCCCCCUCCCUCUAAGGUGGUGGAGGACUGGCUGAGUCUGCUAAGGUCUCGUUUCCUGGAAGAUCCGGGCUGCUGCGUGGCUGUGCACUGUGUGGCUGGACUGGGCAGAGCCCCGGUGCUGGUGGCGUUGGCACUGAUCGAGAGUGGGAUGAAGUAUGAGGAUGCCAUCCAGUUCAUCAGACAGAAGCGCAGAGGGGCGAUCAACAGCAAGCAGCUGACCUACCUGGAGAAGUACCGCCCCAAACAGAGACUGCGCUACAAAGACCCACACAUCUUCAAGAACAAGUGCUGCAUCAUGUGACCCCCAUUUCCACCCUCAGCCAAUCAACUGCCUGCCACCUGAUCGAUCUGACCCAAAUGGAUAACAAUGAUGGACGAGUCCACAGCCAAUGCACUUUGUGACUGAACUAUGAGAACUAUGAAUCAUGAAAUGAGCUAAGCAGCUCCACCAAGGGAAGGGUGUGAUGAGUCUCCCUGGUGCCUAAAGAUGGCUCUUACUGAGGGGGCCGAUGGAUCAAGCCCUCCUUGAAUCUGACUUUUUAUCCAAGAGCCAGCCGGAGGUAGCUUGGAAUGGAUGGUGGAUGUGGCACAGAACGUUGACACUCGCCACAUUGAACUCCGUCAUCACCAUGGGGUUGUGCCUCGCUGCAAAUUAUUUGACUUGCAGUUGACUUUGUCAUUGUACCUCCAACGCCCCCUUGCUACCAAAUGGUGGUAACGCCUCAAAUCAUCGUCUGAAAGAGAGACAGCUUUCGCUGUAUGAAUAUGAAACCAAUGUGAAUCAUGGGGGGGGGAUGUUUGUGCCUGGUUGCCCUUUCUCUCCCUGCCUACAGUAGGGGGACUGAGCUGUUUUCUGUUCACUCCUUGUUCCAAGGUUAAUGCUAUCCGGAAUCCUUGGGACAUCCUUAACCCUUACCUAACCCCAACUCCAACCAUAACCCUUACCUAACCCCAACUCCAACCAUAACCCUUACCUAACCCCAACCAUAACCCUUACCUAACCCCAACUCC